AUGCCGUCUCCAAAACCAGUACGGACGGCCGCGUUGGGGCUGUCCGCCGUUUCCUUCCCGUCCGCUGGCUCCUCGUCGACCAACAGCCCCGUGGCCGAUGCGGGCACGGCGGACCUGAUCGAUCCCAGCCCCAUCGCCGGCUCGUCCUCGUCCUCGGGCACGUCCGGACGACCACGGCGGCGAAGUAGUCUGUUGAAAAGCAACAACAACAAUGGCAGCAUUGGUGUCGGGACGGCGGGCCGCCCCAGGAAGGCGUCCACGGCCGCAUCAACGGCCACGGCGGUUGGGACGACAGGCGCAGGAACGUCACAAGCAUCGACCGCACGAGCACAUCGACUGCAGCCGCGAGACGAUCCAGGAGACGGAUGGGACGAUGCAUGGGGCGAGGAGGAGGACGAGGACGGCGAGGAGCACGAGGACGGCGAGGACGCAAGGCAGGACGGACGCAGCGCCGACCACGCAUUGCUUGACGAAGACUACGGACGCGACGACGGCGACCUCCACACCGACGAAGAGACGGGCCUGGGCGCCGCCGCACGGAGGCAGCGUGGCGACGCGCGGCGGACCCGGACGAACCUGGACGAGCGCUUUGUCCCCGGCGGCGGAGUGGGCGGCGGCUCCGAGUUUGGCUUCGGCGACGGCCGGCUCGUCGAAGACGCACAGAGCAGCCUCAUCAUGGCCGCCCUGACGGAGGACGAGCGCAAGGAGGCCGACAAGAAUGUGCUGCGGCGGCUGCUGGUCGACGGCCUGCUCAUCGGGCUGUGGUACUUGUUCUCGCUGAGCAUUUCGCUGUACAACAAGUGGAUGUUUGGCAGCAACUUCCCCUUCCCGCUGUUUACCACGUCGGUCCACAUGCUGGUGCAGUUCUUCUUGUCGUGUCUGGUGCUGUACUUUGUGCCGACGCUGCGGCCGAGCCACGGCCGGGACAAUGGGAGCGGGCAUCGCCCAGUCGCUCGCGACGAGGGUGCGGACGAGGACGAGAACGAUGGCGACGUCGACGUCGACGUCGGCGGCCAGGAUGCCUAUAAGGAGGCCAACGGCAAAGCCGACAGGCCGCUCGAGCCGGCCAUGACCAAGUGGUUCUACCUCACGCGCAUCGGGCCGUGCGGAGCUGCGACCGGUCUGGACAUCGGCCUGGGCAACGCCUCGCUCAAGCUGAUUACCCUGACAUUUUACACCAUGUGCAAGUCCUCGUCUCUCGCCUUCGUGCUGCUCUUCGCGUUUGCCUUUGGCCUGGAGAAGCCGACGCUGCGCCUCGUCGCCAUCAUCGCCACCAUGACCGUCGGCGUCGUUAUGAUGGUCGCCGGCGAAGUCAAGUUCGACCCCUUUGGCUUCUUUCUCGUCAUCACCGCCGCCUUCUUCUCGGGCUUCCGCUGGGGCCUGACGCAGAUCAUGCUGCUGCGCAACCCGGCCACGUCCAACCCGUUUUCGAGCAUCUUCUACCUCGCCCCGGUCAUGUUUGUCACCCUCUUCGCCCUGGCCAUCCCCAUGGAGGGCGUCCCCGAGCUCCUCCAGGGCCUCCGCGAGCUGAGCGACAAGUUUGGCGGCCUGCGCGCGCCGCUGCUGGUCCUCUUCCCCGGCACCAUUGCGUUUUUGAUGACGGCCUCCGAGUUUGCCCUGCUGCAGCGCACCUCCGUCGUCACCCUGUCCAUUGCCGGCAUCUUCAAGGAGGUCGUCACCAUCGUCACGGCCACGCUCGUCUUCCACGACAGGCUGACGCUCGUCAACUUUCUGGGCCUCGUCGUCACCCUCGCCGCCAUUGUCGUCUACAACUACAUCAAAAUCACCAAGAUGCGCCAGCAGGCCCAGAUCGACGUCCACAAGGAGCACUCCGCCGCCCGGCAGCACCCGAUGCAAACGUUUUCGGGGCCGGCCGAGUACGGGCCCGGGCUGGGCCCCUCGUCCUCCCCGUCUGGGUCUGGGGUUGGUCGGAACGCCCACGCCAACCGUCCACCGCGCCUCGACGGCGACCACGACAGCGACCCUGACGGCGACGACGACGCAGAAGAUGCCGGCCUGCUGCGGAAAUAG